AUGGCUGGGAAUUCGUCCUACAGUUCGAGCAGCCGCAGUCGCAGUCGCUCCCCCCUGCAACGGAAAAGUGUGAUGCCACGGGCCGUUGCUUCAGCGACUCGGAACGGACCGCGCGUGGUGGCCAAUCGCACGCAGCAAGGUCCACUGAGUCCACUGAUUUCGGAAGAUGAGAUCCGGAAGACUUUGCAGGAAGUGGUGAACGCAUUCAUGGAUAUGGACGUAGACUCCGAUGAAGUUCAAAGUCUCUGGGACAACGCCUUUUCCUUGCGCCGCCGCUUUCGCCAGACGGGUUUCCGCCUGGCACGGUGCAUGCGCCCGGAACGGCCCCUGACGCGUCUGGCGCCAGAGCCGUUGCGACCACCGCCACCACCACUGCUGGCGUUGCCUCCACCACCACCGACCAAACAGGAAGAGGCCAAGGCGCAGGCAGUGGUGAAUUGGAUUGGAAAGCUCCACGAGUUGUACCAAAAGAAACUGGGCAUGGAUCGGAAGACCCAGAAGCAAGAGAUCCGCUUCGACACCGAAAAGAAACCGGGCAAUGGCAUCCAUCAGCUGAUGUUUCAGUCCACUGUACAUGCGCAAGAGUUCAAAGCGGGUCCCUUUGUGGGAGAUGAGUGCACCACCAAAAAGGCGGCAGAGCAUUCGGCGGCCCGCGUGGCCGUUGAGAGUGAGUUUCCGCACUUCCGGGAGGAGGCUCAGGCGCCCACGGAGCCAGCCAGACGAAAAAAUCGAAAAAAGAGAGCGCAAAGCUCCAAACGGGACAGAGAAGAAUCUCAGAGCGACAGUUCGGAAAGUGAAGAAAGUGAAAAGAGAGUGAAAACCGAGAAAAGUGACUAA